CCUCCCUCCCCGCGCGCCCGGCGCAGGCCGCUUGGGUUUGUUUUGCUGCGCGGCCGUCGCCCGCCGCGGGCCCCGGAGCUCAUUUGUGCCUGGCUGGUCCCCGCGCUCCCCGGUGCCGAGCCGGAGCCGUUGGCCGCUCGCGCGCUUGGCUCUCUCCCUUAGUAACAGCUCCCCUCCUGCCUCGGUGCUGCGCCCUGCCCCCGCGCCCCUCCCCCCGCCGGACCCGCUGCCCGGCUGUCAGCGCCCGCACCCCAGGGCGCCUCGGGGGUGCCGACGGCGGCCAGGAGGGGAGCGCCGCGCGCCCUGGAGGGGGACAGCGUCGCCAAGCAGGCUGAUUAUCAUAAUACCUGUCUGCCAAGAGAACCAGAAAUAACUGCUUCCUGUGAAACUGACACAUUUCCCUGCUGCUUUGCCAGUGUUUGGAUUUCUGAUUUCCUGACAGACGAAUUGUUUCAAAUUGGGAUGAGCUCAGAGGUACCUCUGCCUCAGUAACUUGCGAUUGGUGGUUGGAUAUCCAGUUGCACAUCCUAACAUCAAUGCACUGCCAAUGGGUUAUGUCCUGUGUUGUGAUCUCAUGGUUUAAGUGGGAAUAAAGAUGAGUAUAAGCAGUGAUGAGGUCAACUUCUUGGUAUAUAGGUACUUGCAAGAGUCAGGAUUUUCUCAUUCUGCGUUUACCUUUGGUAUAGAAAGCCAUAUAAGUCAGUCCAACAUAAAUGGUGCCCUGGUCCCACCCGCUGCACUCAUCUCUAUCAUCCAGAAAGGCCUGCAGUAUGUAGAGGCAGAAGUUAGCAUAAAUGAGGAUGGCACCUUAUUUGAUGGUCGGCCCAUCGAGUCUCUGUCCCUGAUCGAUGCUGUCAUGCCCGAUGUAGUCCAAACAAGACAACAAGCCUAUAGAGACAAGCUUGCACAGCAGCAUGCAGCUGCAGCCGCCGCUGCCGCCGCCGCCACUAACCAGCAAGGAUCUACAAAAAAUGGAGAGAAUACAGCAAAUGGGGAGGAGAAUGGAGCACACACCAUCACAAAUAACCACACGGACAUGAUGGAAGUAGAUGGGGAUGUGGAAAUCCCUUCCAAUAAAGCGGUUGUGCUUCGGGGCCAUGAAUCUGAAGUUUUCAUCUGUGCCUGGAACCCUGUUAGUGAUCUCCUGGCAUCAGGGUCUGGAGACUCCACAGCAAGAAUAUGGAACCUCAGUGAGAACAGUACAAGUGGCCCCACGCAGCUGGUGCUUAGACACUGCAUACGGGAAGGAGGGCAGGACGUGCCCAGCAACAAGGACGUCACCUCGCUAGAUUGGAAUAGUGAAGGUACACUUCUAGCAACUGGGUCAUAUGAUGGAUUUGCCAGAAUAUGGACUAAAGAUGGUAAUCUUGCCAGUACCUUGGGACAGCAUAAAGGUCCUAUAUUUGCAUUAAAAUGGAAUAAGAAAGGAAAUUUCAUCCUAAGUGCUGGUGUGGAUAAGACCACCAUCAUUUGGGAUGCGCAUACUGGUGAAGCCAAGCAGCAGUUUCCUUUCCAUUCAGCUCCAGCACUAGAUGUCGACUGGCAGAGCAACAACACCUUUGCAUCUUGUAGUACAGAUAUGUGCAUUCACGUCUGCAAAUUAGGACAAGACAGACCUAUCAAAACAUUCCAGGGACACACGAAUGAAGUAAAUGCUAUCAAAUGGGACCCAACUGGCAAUCUCCUCGCCUCCUGCUCAGAUGACAUGACAUUGAAGAUCUGGAGUAUGAAGCAAGAUAACUGUGUCCAUGAUUUGCAAGCACAUAAUAAAGAAAUUUAUACUAUUAAAUGGAGUCCGACAGGACCAGGGACAAAUAAUCCAAAUGCCAACCUGAUGCUAGCAAGUGCAUCUUUUGAUUCUACAGUUAGGUUAUGGGACGUAGACCGAGGGAUUUGCAUCCAUACUUUGACAAAACAUCAAGAGCCCGUGUACAGUGUGGCUUUUAGUCCUGACGGCAGGCAUCUGGCAAGUGGCUCAUUUGACAAGUGUGUGCACAUCUGGAACACACAGACAGGUGCUUUAGUUCACAGUUACAGGGGAACAGGUGGAAUUUUUGAAGUUUGCUGGAAUGCAGCAGGAGACAAAGUUGGAGCCAGUGCUUCGGAUGGUUCAGUUUGUGUCUUAGACCUUCGGAAAUAGCGUUACUAGUUGGAAGCCAUGGACCGACUAUGAAUGUGUACAUAGCCACAAGACUAUCCCUGACCCAUAUACUACUAUAGUCCCACUUGAACCAUGGCCAGUCCACUACAGCCAAAUCGAAGAGAAAUAUAUACAUGCAGUAUAUAUGAACACAGCUGUACCCUGAAGAUGACAGUCUCAUCCCAGCUUGUGAAUUAUGCUCACCAAGUGCUGGGAUCUAACCUGCUGUGCCCCCUUUAAGUAGCGUUUAGAAGUUUGGAAAUGAAAACCAGAAGAGAAGGAAUAUGUGUUAUAAGAGCAAACUACACAUGUCCCAGUUUUGAAUUUUAAUGACGGCCUUGUUUCUCCCUUUGAGUCAGCAGACACCAUGGAUUAUAUUCUUUUUCCCCUUCAGUAGUGCGCAGUUUGUAUGUACAGAGAACAUGGACUUAACAGAAGCUUGCGGCAGUAGUUGGUUCUUACUUCCAAGUUUGUUUUGGUUUAGAUUAAGGAUGCAUGAAGUAAGGAGUGAAUCAUUUUCUUGCUUUUUUUUUUUCUCACCUUUUAAACAACAAAAAAAAAAACUCUUAAAAAUAUUUUACUGCAUUCUUUGGAAGAGGUAGAUGUUUGGUACAUUUGAUGGCUCCCAGAGCAUAUACUCAAUAGGUGCAUAUUGUGGAGGGAAUUGGAAUAAUAGGAAACUACAUGACUUCUGUCAUGUCACUCUCUGAGACACAUCAGCAAAGGGUGUGAUCUUAGCUUAGCUUUGUUUUGUUUUUUUUGUUUUAGUUCUUUCUUUCUCUCUCUGUGUGUAUAUGUGUGUGUAUGUGUGUGUAUGUGUGUGUGUGUGUGAGAGAGAGAGAGAGAGAGAGAGAGAGAGAGAGAGAGAGAGAGAGAGAGAGAGAGCGCUUAAAUAAAAUAGUUUCUUUUGGGGGACAUAUUUCUGCCAAUUUAAAGACUAGAAGGGCACAACCUUUUUUUUUCCUUUUUUUUAAUACCAUAAAGAAGAGAUUUUUUUUAAAAAAAAAUAAUAAUCUUCUGACGUCUUGUAGCCAUAACUAAAUUAUGGUUAAAAUGUGCACUAUUGUGAGAAGGAGCAACAUAGUUUGGGGCUUUUUUUUUUUUUUUAUUUUACCAUUUGUCUGUUUUACUUUGUUUCUUAAGAGAUUAAAAUAUUUCUGGAUAAGGAUUAGCUUCUCAAAGUGUCCAUCAUUCUGUAUAGAAGCUUACAUAUUUGAGAUUCCAGUAUUAAAAAAUCUCUCAUGUUACUUUUCUUUUUACAAAGCAAGGUUACAGCAUAUAACACUGCCAUUACAUGGCUAAAUGUUUGCUACCUUAGUUUUAAAAACAGUUUUUAAAGGCUUGCUUUGAGGUAUUCUUGGAUAGCAGUGAUGGAGAACUUAGGAGAAGGAUGGCUGAGGCUAGCCCUCUGCCUACGUCUAUGGCGCGAAGGCUGCGCUUUGUCAGGCAACGUAGAUCUAAGCUGCUGUUUCUUCCAGUAAUCACUACUAUAUCAUGUCUUUUACUCGUUUAUAUCAGGUUUUUUUUAAAAAGAUAUAGGUAUCCAAUCAGAUUUCGUACGUUGAGCUAAAAGUAAGAUAUACCUACAAAUGUUCACCAGAGGCUGUGUUUGUGAAGGUAGUUGACAGGACAGUCGAUAUUAAUGGAAGAACCCAGGAGCGUUGGUUCUGAAGAGAAAGAACAGUUGUCAAAUUUAUAUCUUUAAAUUUUUAAAUAAGAAAUUGCUUAGCAAAUUUAUAACACUAUUUGUGUCAGUAGUUAUUUUUGAGGCCUUUGACUCCUGAAUCUCACCCUGUGUUCUACGAAGCGGCUCUAACCCAGCCCCGCAGCUUUGAUGCUCUGUAUGUGCUGCCUUGCUCUUUACAAAACAGCGUUGAUUGACGCAGGUCUUGGCUUCACUAAGCUAGGGUGGCAUUUGCUUUUGGUAAAGAGGAUGAAUACACUUAAAUGUUACCACACAUUGUUAUAUCUACCCCAUCGUUUGUGGGGACUACGAUACUGUAAUAAUAUUAAGAGUUGCAUCCAGAGAGGCAGUCAUCUAUGGUUUGUGCCAGGUGUUUUGGGGGUUCAGUCACACUGAAAUAUUUAGAACCCAUUGCUCUGUGGCUCUCUAGGAAUUCUAAAAUGCUGAGUAUCUGGCACUUGAGAUUUUGCUUUUACUGCAAGAGGGUCACAUCUGUUGGCCUCUGUUGUUUAAAAAUAAUAUUAAAAAUAAAAAAAACUGUGCAAUAAUCUUUAAAUGUGCUCCCAGGAAUAGACACAAAUGUUUUGAGUAUGCCUAAGCUGCAUUUCCUCCAGCGCUGCAUUUGUCAAUUGCACUGAAUCUGAACCUGAAGUCAGAGGUGACUGUUGAUAGUGCUUUUGUAUUUUGAUAUGGACAUUUUCUUCAUUUGCAUACAGUCAUUGACAUUCUUCCCAGCUGAUUCAAAGACAGUCACAAAUUCCUCAGAUACAGCUGCCAAAACGACGGCUGAAUUUUCUAAUAUUGUCUUGCUUUCUGUUGGGUGUGUGUUUGUUGGUUUGGUUUGGUUUGGUUUGGUUUUCCUAUUUCUUUGGCUAUUUUACUUUAGCACACCAGCUGUGAUAGAUUGUCUGAUAGAAGAGAAGUGCAGAGCUUUGCUAUCCCAAAGCCUCGGGUCUUUCCCUCGCAGAUGUGGCUGAAGACAUCCACCUUUAGGCUGAUCGUCCGUGAGGUGAGCGUAGAGCUGUGCUUUGCUGCUGCUCUCGCUGUCCCUGUAGCCUGCUGACGUGCCACAAUGCCGCUCCACAGACACCGCACCGCACCACGUCUUCACCCGAGCAGUCAGACGAUCGCCUGAGACCACACUCGAGUGUGUCAAUGCCGUCAUGGGGUUCUCUACUUUCCUUCUUGUCUUUUUCUGAGAAUUGGCUCUGAAGAUCCAGAGACCAGUAGACUUUCUGUGGUGUUCAUUUAGAUCAUUGUUUUAUAUGCUUACUGUAAGGAAGACAAUAGGAGGCCUAAAUGAAUAUCAUUGGUUAAAGUAGACUGGAGGGAGCAGCUGCCACCCUUGACAGGCGUGAAGGAACCUGUGUACUCCGUGCAGGUGACCUUGGGGGACUUCGGUUUACCCUACUGUUUUCCAUGAUCAGGUAAUAUCAUUGACUGUCAGAUGAGUCAGGAGCGGUUACUGGAAUAGUCUUAGAGUGUAGCGAUCCUGUUUUCAUGAGUUAUCCUUUAGUGAGUAUGUUUUAGGAUUAAACACCUUUUACAGAUGCUGAAAGUGCCUCCUUUUGUGGUAUACAAAAACAAAUUAUGGUGCAAAAAGUAAUCAAUAGAUUGAAUCACAUGAAGGGUGAUUUUGCUUUUUGACAUAAAAAUGUCAAGAGAUAGGCCAAAGAUUUGUACUUUUCACUUAUAAAGCACUCCUUUUUUUCCUUAAGAUUCUUUCUGUCGAUCAGAUUUAAUGAAAGAGUACUAUUUUUAAGGAGCUAUCUGUUUAUGUAGAAUGAUUUUGUUAAAAGAGUAAUGUAAACUAUGAAUGAGGAGCAGAGGCCCGCAGAGGACUGGGCCUUUUGCUAUUUAAAGGAAUCACGGAUGACCAGGCUUCUGCAAGCACACAUGACAAGUUUUACUAAAUGCAUAGGAAAACCAUCUCAGACAGUGCUGUCUUGCUCUUUUAAAGACCAUUUGUGUUUUUGUAAGCGCAUGGCACAUUUCCUCAGAAGCUGGAUUCUCAGGAGCUCAGAGCGGUACUUGCACAGUUGCUGCAGAAAUCCUGCCUCCAUGGACCAGCAUUGUGGCACAGCAGCAAAAGCCAGCAUUUGGGGGCUAGCAGGCAGCCUACAGAAACCCUGGGGGCGGUUUUCUGUUUGUUUUUCAUUCUCUCCUUUUGUCUGAAAUCAUCAGGGAGGGAUCGGUAAUAGCUCUGAAGUGUCACAUUUAAUAUCAGUCUUUUAAUACACAAUCCUAGUCAAAUGUAGGAGAGAAAAAAGGGGGGAGUGCUCACGUUUAUUUAAUCCAUUCGUUUAGAAUCCUGUGUCUUUAUAUAGCAGUUCUGAGGUGUCUAUAGUAGUCUUUAUUUCUGCCCUUCUGUGACAGUGUUGAAGCAGGAUGAAUAAAUAGGCUUCUUCUUCUUCUUCUUUUUUUUUUUUUUUUUUUUUUUUUUUUUUUUUUUUUUUUUUUUUUUUUUUUUUUUUUAACCUAGCAAGGUGUUUCAUGUUUUCUUUGGAAUUUCUGGAUAAGUUUGAGGAAACAUUCUGCAUGUUUUAUCUGGUGUGCUUUUCUCAUGUCAUUACAAAUGGGCAGACUUCAUUGUAUAUCUCUGCCAUCCUUAAAUACAGAAGUGAUUUUCUUUCCUGACUUUGACAUUGUUGCUGUAUAUAAUGUUUUUAUUUGAGUUUUGCAAAUCCUUUGGGUCUAGUUCUGUGAGCCUACCUUAGCACUGGGUGAUGACGUCUGCAGCCUUUCUUUAUUCCACAGUUAAUCUUAAAGCUGACAGAGAAGUGUAAACCAGCCCGUGACAGCUUUUUGUACCUGCUUAAGAACUUUAUUGUUCAAUCUUCAUGAUGAUUGUGUAAGGAAGACUGAUACAGAUGUUUAUCUCUCCUGGACCAUGUCAAUGACACUUAUGAUGUAUUUUGGUUCUACAUCACAGUGAUUUGUCCCCAAUGACCCUUUCAUCCUUUCCAGGCACAUUGUGUGUGUGUGUGUGUGUGUAUUGUUGCAGUUUUCCCUUUGCAUUGUAUUGCUUUGACAACUGUAAUUUGAAUCAGAUCUGAAAGAGGUCCAGAAUAAAAUAUAUUUUGAUAUUAUGUUGGCUGUGUACAUAAAUAAAACCUUUGAUAUCUAUGUGGUUUAUAUAGACUAUUUAGUCAAGUAAGAAGAGGGAUUGGUGUUUGUUUACAAGUUCCUGUUUACAUUUCAAUUGCUUUUAUCCCCCACUAUUCAGUGUAGAAUAAAUGAUUUUGCUCCAAGAGACCUCCCUACUACAACCUAUCUGUCCUAGUUCUUACUAUCUCCAGUGACUAAACUGCCAUGGGAAUCACUGUUUUCAUAAACAUUGUUUCCAAGAUGUAUACUUUAAAGAAACCCAUAGAUGAAAUUAAAGUUUUUGCUAUUUUAUUACUUCUUGCAGGGGAUAAGAUUUUUUAAAAUGAAGGGAUUAUUUUCUAUAUUUGUUAAAUGAUAGCAUGUAAUCAGCUAAGGAUAAUGAUGACUCCUGAGUGAUUUUGAAAUACUGGUAGUUUAUUUAGAGGAUUUCACACGUGAACUAAGACUUAAGAUUACUGUUAGCUUAGCAUCCAGUAGCACAAGGCACACCAAGUAUGUGGCUCAGGGCUUUCAGUACAGGAGCUCUUCCCUUCCUAUUGCUCUCCCGUCCAUGCCAACCAAACAUACCACAGUGGUUCCCACCGGUAGCUGAUUGCUGAUCUCAGUACAAACCCAGUAAACAACGAGGACCAUCCCAAGGCGCAUCCUGCCUCAGUUUCCCCCAACUCUCAUAGUUGGUUCCCUUAGUCAAGUUGCCUUCUCCCUGCCCUCUGCUUUCUUUGGGUUUCCUUUGUAGACGCAGGCAGCUGUAGCCUUGUCCUGCCCUCGCUGCAACUGCUAAAGCUAACAAGCUUUAGUUUUCAAGGGGUUCGUUUCUGUUGCAUGGCAUAGGUUGUUAAUGACAUUCUGUCUUCACACUUUUCCAGAAAGCCUUGGGCUGCCAAGGACUAACGUCCGUAUGAGCCUGAAGUUGAGCAGAAAUCUAUUGACCCACCAUUGCAGGGAGGUUACUUUCGAUUUCCUAGCUCUCAUAACUUUAUCAUGAAUUAGAUUUCUUACCUAGUAUAAUAUGUAGCGCAUUAAAGUUUACUGGUUUAUUUAUUUUUUCCUAUAUAUAUUCAUCUGAAAACAACAGUAGAGGAAAAGCCAUUCCGGACACCUGGUUUUGCACACCUGGUUUUGAGGUGCUCUUCUCUGCCGAGGCUCUGUCAACAGUCAAAAUGUUAACCCUACGCUGCCCUCCCUGCAUGCUUCUUUAAAUGUCAUCUGCCAAUGCUUACGUGUCCUAACUUGUAAUAUUUUUGUAUUAAAUUUUUUAGGAAUUCCUUGUAAUUUCUUUAUAAUUUAAAAUACAUUAAACACAAAGUGUUUAGUAAAGUA